AUGGACUCACAGUCCUACUCUUUCACAAACAGGGUGUGUAAAACUAACCAUUUUCUAUCAAUAUUCACAUAUUUCAGCAUCAUGAAAAAAAUAACAUAUCCAGCCGCCGAAAGAAACAAAGAUCCGAUACUGAAUGUGCUAAAGCGAGUAUUAUCAAACACCGCACCUAAUCUACGACUUCUAGAAAUAUCUUCCGGUGCUGGAGUGCAUGCAGCAUACUUUGCCAAAGAAUUCCCCAACAUCACUUUUCAACCAUCGGAAUUUGAUACGGCCUUAUUCGGCAGCAUCAACGCUUAUCGGCAAGAGGUAGAGAACGUUGCACGUCCGGUCUUUAUCGACGUAUCACAGCCCUGCAGUGAAUGGCAGAAUGAAGCCAACGUGAAUCUACGCUGCUGUGCCAAUCAGUUCGAUUAUAUGCUCAACAUCAAUAUGUUACACAUUUCACCGAUAACCUGCACUAAGGGACUGUUUCAUAAUGCAUCGGAACUACUUAAAAGAGGCGGACUAUUGAUCACCUAUGGACCGUAUGCCGUGGACGGCCUUCUUACACCAGAAAGUAAUGUACGUUUUGACGCUUCGUUAAGACGCGAAAAUCCGGAAUGGGGUAUACGUGAUACGAGCGAAUUGUGUAAAAUGGCAAUUGAAAAAGGAAUCACACUGCAAGAAGUGAUCGAUAUGCCUGCCAACAACAAAUGCUUGAUUUGGAAGAAGGAAUAA